GAAACUAAAGCAAGUCUCCUGUUUUCAUUUAGAAAUGGAGGACGAAAUUGCUGCGCUUGUUGUUGACAAUGGCUCCGGUAUGUGCAAGGCCGGGUUUGCUGGGGAUGACGCUCCUCGUGCAGUUUUCCCCUCCAUUGUUGGACGUCCCAGACACCAGGGUGUGAUGGUGGGAAUGGGACAGAAGGAUAGCUAUGUGGGAGACGAGGCUCAGACCAAGAGGGGUAUUUUAACCCUGAAGUACCCCAUUGAGCAGGGCAUCGUAACCAACUGGGAUGACAUGGAGAAGAUCUGGCAUCACACCUUCUACAACGAGCUCCGUGUUGCUCCUGAGGAACAUCCAGUCCUGCUGACAGAGGCGCCACUCAACCCCAAAGCUAACAGGGAGAUGAUGACUCAGAUCAUGUUUGAGACCUUCAACUGUCCUGCCAUGUAUGUGGCCAUCCAGGCUGUCCUGUCACUGUACACCUCUUGUCGUACCACAGGUAUCGUGAUGGACUCUGGUGAUGGUGUAAGCCAUACUGUCCCAAUCUACGAAGGCUAUGCUCUGCCUCACGCUAUCCUCCGUCUGGAUCUGGCUGGUAGAGAUCUGACCGAUUACCUGAUGAAGAUCCUCACAGAGAGAGGCUACAGCUUCAAUACCACUGCUGAGUGUGAAAUUGUGCGAGACAUCAAGGAGAAGCUCUGCUAUGUGGCUCUGGACUUUGAGCAGGAAAUGCAGACAGCAGCUUCAUCUUCAUCCUUGGAGAAGAGCUACGAGCUUCCUGAUGGCCAGGUCAUCACCAUCGGCAACGAGCGGUUCCGCUGUCCUGAGGCCCUGUUCCAGCCUUGUUUCCUUGAAAUGAAGUCUGCUGGUGUUCAUGAAACCACUUACAACAGCAUCAUGAAGAGUGACGUGGACAUCCGUAAGGACCUGUAUGCCAAUACUGUCCUGUCUGGUGGUACCACCAUGUACCCUGGAAUUGCUGACCGCAUGCAGAAGGAGAUUACAGCCCUGGCCCCACCCACCAUGAAAAUCAAGGUUAUUGCUCCACCUGAGAGGAAGUACUCUGUCUGGAUCGGUGGCUCCAUCCUGGCCUCCCUGUCCUUCUUCCAGCAGAUGUGGAUCAGCAAGCAGGAGUACAAUGAAUGUGGUUCAUCUAUUGUCAAUCGAAAGUGCUUCUAGGACACAUUUUUUCCU